AUGACACGCACAGACCCGCCUGACAUACUGGUUUCAACUGUGCAUCAAGAUAUAAAAGUGGUCCCCAUUUCUUCUCACUAUAAGUCCUUGCAACCCUCCGAACAAUGUGAUUCCAGAAAUUACAGCACACUGGAGGACAGAAAGAGCAAAGUUAAUAAGAGGCACUGCCGCACCUUUGACUUUCGGUCACUGGAGUACCCCAAAUCCAACAAAUACUCAAUGGAGUCCCCGUACAGGAAGGCCGAUAGGCAUGCAGCCAACCCAGACGUUGCCUGGAACGCCUUGGGCCGUCAGCAGAGAUACCGCUUCUCUGCUCCGGACAUUUUCAGCCAUAGGUUAACUCCUCAGCCAAUGGCUGCAGAAAUGCCAAGUGAGGUGGUUGUACCUGAACAAAAAAGAAGGACCAGGUCAAAAAGUGCCACUCGGGUCCAGACAAGUCUCACUCCUGUGUCUUUCGAAGGGCCCUCCUCUUCAGGAAGGAAGGGACGGGAGUCCCAAAGGGCUGCCAGAGACUCUCGCUGGAGACCAGAAGUAUCGCCACGUAGGGAAUCUUCCUAUGCAGCUACAAGGGCUCAUAUGCAUGAAGUCCAUCCUAUUAAGUUGCAGCCUCAAAUCGGUGACAGUAGUAAAUAUUCAUCUCACUAUGGUGCUGAUCAUUCAGAGGAGGGAGGGCUCGACAAACCAGCAACUAGUCCUCACGUCAGGUGCAGGGUGGACAUCAAACCUGACGACGCAGCGUUACAUCACUCCAGACAUAAACAGGCCACGCCUCACGUGGACAUACCCUGGCAGAGACACCACAGUGGGGGGGGCAGGAGCCUAACUGUGCCACGCCAUUUCUCCUACUCCCGAACACCAACUCCCACAGAUUCUUUAGGGACGGAGAGUCGCCAAGCCUACCAAUAUUCCCGCAGCAUGCCAAACAGCUACUUGCAGCCCAUGGAGAUCCCUUUGCAGAGAAUGCCUUCAUCAAGUGAUUACUAUGGUAGGGAACGCAGAGCCCAUUCCAGUCCUAAUGUGCCAACCAAGUUCUUUUAUGCAGAUGACCCGGGGAGGUAUGUGACCACCGCUGCUCCUCAGCCAAGUUCUUAUCUUCACGACGAACGUUACACACCAGGACAAGCAUAUACGCCAAAAGUGCAAUAUGUGCAAGAUCCAAGGACUCGAAUGGUGCAUGCCGUAGCCACAAGACCCUAUUAUCCCGAAAUGGAGACCUAUCCUUACCCUGUGCAGCCAGGGUAUCCCAAACCGUAUGCAGCCACUGAGCCAGGGCCGUAUAUCAUACAGACACCUCCAGCAAGGAUAUUUUAUGGAGAUGAUCCAAGGUCUUAUCAAGUCCAGACUGCCCCGCCAAGGUUUUAUUAUCCCAGCGACAUGUAUGCAAUGCCACCAGAGCAUCAUAUUCCAUCAAGGGCUUAUUACACAGAGGGCCGAAGACAUGCCAGAGUUGUUCAGCCCCAAUCAGAUGACUGGUAUGGCUCAGAAGCAUCGGGUUAUUCCACCAACCCUGCCUCAUAUGUAUCCCAAGUCACGCCAACAAGGGUCCGUCAAGACCCGGUCUUAACACCCUGGUAUGCCAGCCCAUGUGUAGAACCUCAAAGAAUUGGCACAGAUUCCAAGUCUUACUCAAGGUCCUGGGACAAUAUCCUCAACUCUCGCGUAGAAAGAGAGCAGCCUCUUCCUGUGCAGCGGGGUCAGAGUUAUGACGAUCUUCUUGAGUCCAGGAAGCCUGCAGCAGCCAAAACAGACAAACCACAACCAGUGGUGGUCAACCUCUCCAGUUCGCCAAGACGCUACGCAGCCUUAUCGAUGUCCGACAACUCACUGAUCGACAAAAGUCCAACAGAGGCAUCAAAAAGCCCGACUAGUAAACUCUGGUUCGUCACCCCGGAGAUAACCAUCACCGAUAAUGACAUGCGACCAGGGAAACUAAACAAGGGUGAGGGACGAUCUGCAAGUUGGGACGUUCUCGACUCCAGAAGCACUGAGGGUCCAGAAGCGUCUCAACAUGACUUCCAAAGCUCAACCAAAGAGAAGACACAUGACAACGCCUCGCUACAGCAAAGCCUUGAACAACUCGACGAGCUUCUGGCAGACCUGGUGACCGAUUACAAGCCGCCCAGUCGCAGGGCAAGUGAGGACAUUCUGGACCAGCUGAAGAAGUUAAUCGAUGAAGAAGAAGCAGUGUCCCUGUCAAGAAAGAGCUCAAAGGUGGGCACGGAUGAACCUCCUCCUCUGGAUAAACAGCCUACUUCCAUAAGGAUGACCCCUGAUCCUUCCCGAGACAUGGACGCAGCCAGCGAUGCCAUGAGAAGCGCAGAGGAGUGCUCCCCAGACCAGAGCCCGGAUGAAGACGAUACGAUGAUGUGCUCAAACAACAAAUGCCGGAGGACAGAGACCCUUUUCAAUGCUUGCCUAUAUUUUAAGUCCUGCCACAGCUGCUACACCUACUACUGCUCCCGUAACUGUCGCAGGGAGGACUGGGACAUUCAUAAAGAAAGCUGCCUGUACGGAAGAAUCGGCAGCACGUGCCGUCACAUCAUCAAACACUGCCGGGAGACUGUCGACGUCCACAAAGCCUUCUCCCGUAUCGCCAAAGUUGGCUACCUUUCCCGAGGUAGAGGAGUUCUCUUCCUUGGAUUUCCAAACCCUGCGUCAUCCAGCAGUUUUCUGCAGUACGGCCUCGAUAGUCUCCCUAUGUCUCCUACUUACCUGUCCCUCCGGGAGCUUGAAAGCUUCAGGGACAACCUCGGGGAGUACUGUAAGGAGCUGCAGGAAGCUGGGAAAGAGUACGACCCAAACGAAUGUUUCAUCUUGAAUGUAUCUAUCGCUGUCGGUGACCAGCUGCCCGAAGGGCCAUCGCCAAGGAACCAAUCGCCAACUGUGAGAAAAUAUGCAAAGGUAGCGCUGGCUUCAUUCAGUCCGGAGAGAAAGGUUCAAAAGAAAGAGAGCGACAUGGAAACGCUGAUCCUCACUCCGCCUCCGGGAACGGCGGACAUCGACAAAGAGGGAGAGGAGGGCAGGAAGGCCAGGGAAAUCUGCUUCAUCAACAUACAGCGAGAGUUAAGGAUUCGAGGAGUUUUCCUACGCCACGAAUACCCACAGGUGUACCAGCAGCUCUGUGAGUUUGUGGAAUGUAACAGAAGGUUCACGCCCACCACUAUUUACCCCAUCGAUAAGAGGACCGGUAAACAGUUUAUGUGCAUGAUAAUGGCUGCCUCUGAGCCCAGGACUUUGGACUGGGUGGGCACCCCUCAUCUCCUCGAUGACAUAAUUUAAGUGCACCUUUUGUUGUAAAUAUAUAUGUAUAGAAAUACAUAUAUAUUGAUACACAUAUUUAUAUAUCAAUCCAAUUACAAACAUUUGUAGAUAAGUAUUUUGUUAUCAAAAUGAAAUAUAUUCAUGUGUGCUUGGUCAGUAUUAUUCUUUUUCAGAAUAUUUCCUGUCCGGUGCAGAAUGAGUACAGUGCAUUUUUUAUUUUAGUCUUUUUACCAAGUACGAUUUUUUUAUCCAACACCAGUCAUUUACCUGUUUUCUGGUCAUUUACUCUUCAACCAGAGCUGGGCACACGUCCGUUAAUCCGUUAAUUAUCACGUUAAGUCUUUAAUAACUUCUUAACUUUAGCUGACGCUGUUUUCAGAGCAGGAGCAUGCAGAGCGUUCCUGUACUGCAGAGAGCCUGUUGAAUAAAGGGGCUUUUAUUGUGAAAUGCUGCUUCAUCUGUAGGAGGUUACCUACUUCCUGAGCAUCAUCUCUAUUAUUCUAUCUGCCUUUACAGACGGGGGCCAUCAUCUUUAAUGGUGAUUGUUGCUGUGCUCCUAACGCCCAGUGCUGCUGAUUUCACUCAUUCUUCAUUCGAGCGUUCACAGCUUAGGCCCUCUGCCAUAGCAAAGCUAACGUAGAGUAGCCUAACCCUUAAAUUCCACAUAAUCUGUACAUCUGUCUCCAGCACGUCCCAGAAGAGCCUCUUUGUUCGCAACUCAAGAUACAUGCCGAGUCUAUUUUCAGCACCAACUGCAGCCAAACAGUUUCAGUCCAAAGGAGGAAGAACGGGAAAAGAAUGCAGUCAGCCUCAGGAUUCACAGACUCCUGACAGUCAUCAUCACCAUACCAACACGGUUUUUUUACCCCGUAUUCAGAGCCGUGGCUGCAGCUCCCCUCUCUCUCUCUCACUGAAAAGUAAAAUCUAAAACCAUGUUUUCACAAAUGUCGUCUGUGGAUUUCCACCACCCAACAUAAAUGAUAAAGGCCAAAAUUUGGAGCCACAAAGAGACUGACUUGAAGAGUUGAGCUGUCUCACUAACUUGGCCCAGCGCCGUGCCCUGCAGGCUCUGUCAGGAUGGAUGGACCCACGGUUUUCUCUUUUAAAGGAGAAAAGGAACCACACAUCCUCUUCACUGUUAUUUUCCUGGCUCAUUUUGGCCUAUUGUGCACAUUUUUGCCAUUCAUAGAAAAAAACCUUCCUCUGAUAGUAAGAGAGAGUGUAAAGAGCUCUAAGCACAGCAGUUUGUUAGAUAAUCCCAGUAAUGAGAGGAACACGCCGUCAGGCUUCCAUCGGUUUUAAAGUCCAUGAUAACGUUCAUUUGAAGCAGAACUCACAGACUUACCUUCAGUGACGUUAACGGCUUAAUUAACGGAUUAAAGGAGCCAUUUUUUGUUUCUCUGUGCCCACCUCUGGUUUCAACACGUUCCCUUUUGUAGGGAUGAACCAACAGAACAUUGUGGUAUUUUUUCUAACUGUUAGCAACAACCUUUGAAACGUAGUCUCUUUAAAUUAGAGCGUUCA